AUGGAAGCUGAUUAUGACAAAAAAUUAAAGGAAUCACAAACUCAAGAUGACAUUGUGGUAAGAUGGGAUAUUGGUUUGAAUCAGAAACGUAUUGCAUGGUUUUAUUUACCAAAAUUAGAAUCUGGAGAGGUUCGUUUGGCAGUGGGUGAUGAGUUGAGGCUUCGUUAUCGUGGUGAAUUGCAUCAGCCUUGGGAAUGUAUUGGACAUGUAAUAAAAAUUCCAAAUAAUGUUAGCGAUGAAGUUGGAUUGGAAUUACGUAGAAAUGAUAAUACACCGGUCGAGUGUACACACAAUUUCUCCGUGGAUUUUGUAUGGAAAUCUACUAGCUUUGAUAGAAUGCAAACUGCAAUGAAAACUUUUGCCAUUGAUGAAUCUUCGGUCAGUGGAUACAUUUAUCAUAAAUUGCUUGGUCAUGAAGUUGAACCUCAAGUUCUUCGUACUCAAAUGCCAAAAAGAUUUUCGGCACCAAACUUACCAGAAUUAAAUCAUUCACAAGUUUAUGCGGUCAAAAGUGUACUACAAAAACCUUUAAGUUUAAUUCAAGGACCACCCGGGACAGGAAAAACCGUUACUUCUGCUACAAUUGUAUAUCAUCUUGCAAAAAUGAAUCCUGGUCAAGUUCUUGUUUGUGCCCCAUCAAAUGUUGCAGUUGAUCAACUAACAGAAAAGAUUCAUGCAACUGGUCUUAAAGUUGUAAGGCUCACUGCCAAAUCUCGUGAAGCUUUAGAUUCGCCUGUUUCAUUUCUCACAUUACAUGAACAAGUGAUUAAUAACGAUACCAAUCUCGAAUUGCAAAAAUUGAUUCAAUUGAAAACAGAGCAGGGUGAAUUGAGUAGUUCUGACGAGAAAAAAUACAAGAUGUUAAAACGUGAUUGUGAAAGAGAAAUUUUACGGAACGCUGAUGUUAUUCUUUGUACUUGUGUGGGUUCAGGAGAUCCUCGUUUAUCCAAAUUUAAAUUUCGAACUGUUUUGGUUGAUGAAGCUACUCAAGCAACUGAACCAGAAUGCAUGAUACCACUUGUUCUUGGUUGUAAGCAAUCUGUUCUUGUAGGUGAUCACCAACAAUUAGGACCUGUUAUUAUGAACAAAAAAGCAGCACGUGCUGGUCUUUGUCAAUCAUUGUUUGAAAGAUUAGUUAUCUUGGGCAUACGUCCAAUCAGAUUACAAGUUCAGUACCGUAUGCAUCCUUGUCUUUCCGAAUUUCCAAGUAAUAUGUUUUACGAAGGCUCUUUGCAAAAUGGUGUAACUACACAAGACAGACUUCGAAAAAAUGUUGAUUUCCCAUGGCCCGUCCCUGAAACUCCAAUGUUUUUCCAUUCUAAUUUAGGGCAAGAAGAGAUUUCAAGUAGUGGUACUUCCUAUUUGAAUAGAACAGAAGCAUCAAACUGCGAGAAAGUAGUUACAAAGUUUCUAAAAUCAGGAAUUUUCCCAGCUCAAAUAGGCAUAAUAACACCAUACGAGGGACAACGCAGCUACAUUGUUAGUUAUAUGCAAUCCAAUGGAUCAUUACGUAAGGAUUUGUAUAAAGAUAUCGAGGUGGCAAGUGUUGAUGCAUUCCAGGGUCGUGAAAAAGAUUAUAUUAUUUUGAGUUGUGUUAGAAGUAAUGAGCAUCAAGGAAUAGGUUUCUUGAAUGAUCCUAGACGUUUGAAUGUAGCAUUGACUAGAUCUAGAUAUGGCGUUGUUAUUUUGGGAAAUCCCAAGGUUUUGAGCAAGCAUCCCUUAUGGCAUCAUCUUCUUGUUCAUUACAAAGAAAAAGAAUGUUUAGUCGAAGGGCCGUUGAGCAAUUUAAAGGUUAGCAUGAUUCAAUUCAGUAGGCCAAGGAAAACAUAUCAUAAGGAUGAUAAAUUCAGGCAAGGAUUGGCUCAUCAAAUUGAUGCUCGUGAAGCUUUAGCAAAAGCACCUGUUGCUAGUGAAAAUCGUCGUGGUAAUCGCGUUUAUGAUCAAGAUUUCAUUAGAACGCAUGAUCCUGUUGGUUAUAUACCAUCUGACAUGAGUGCCAUACCACCGUCAUCACAAUUUACCAUUCCAUUAUUGCCAACACCAAACGGACCUUUUACACAAGAUUUAUCGCAAAGUAGUAUCUCCAGUCGACUUCUCACACAAAAUGCUUAUAGUAGCCAAGGUUCUAUGAGUCUUACAUUGUCACAAUCUGAUCGUGUUUGUAUGAUGGAAAAUUCUAACGCCUCAUUGGAUCAUGCUUCGUUAAUGUCUCAAGAUAGCUCAAUUGAAUUCAUGGAUGAUUAUAAAAGUCAAGGCGAUGAUACAAGAGCACCAAAUCUCUUGGAAAGUACUCCAUCAAAAUUCAAGGAUUUGGCUUUACAUUGCACAGAUCCAAAUCCAUAUGCAAGACCACCCGCUAGAUUAUUAUCAUAUAUAUUUAGUAAUUGGUGGCAAGUAGUCGAACAAUCUCAAGAUUAUGAAAUACGUCAUCAAUUCAACAGCUCAGAUAAAUUUAUCAAAAAUAUGGAAGAUGUCAAAUUGGAUCAUGAUUUUAAUGCCAUUUAUACCAGCAGAUAUUUUAAUUUCAAUAAUGAUGAUGAUUAUUCUUCCAUUGAUAAAAAUAAUGAAAUGUUUCAUGCAGACAUCAAUAAUAAUUUAGAGUCAAAAUAUUUACUCGAUCUUAGUGUUUCACCUUGA